GCACCUGCGCAAAAGGUCUUUAGGGAUAAGUGUAAUUUGAUUCAAUUUCAGUGUUACUCGAAUUAAUGGACUUCAUAGCAAGCGAUACCAACAUGUCUAAAGUUUGAAGUAUUGACCACAAAUCCUAUUUUCUCUCUCAGAAAGAUGUUUCCAUGUGAUUGAUAUUAUUCCAUGAGAAGAAAUGGCUCUUUCAGGAAUGAAGAAAUAUUUAAAAUUCUUAGAAAAUGGAGUUACUUUUGAAAUCAGCAUACCUUUGAGCUUUAUCCAGGAAUAUAAUUCACUUGAUUGGAAAGAAUACAUCUCUUAUGUCUGUCAUCACUAUUGUAACAGUAAUCAUCAAGAAUUUGAACAUCUCAGCACUGACAGCUUUAUACCGGGCAUUUCCUAUGGAAUUAAAGAGAAAUCAAUUUCUUAUAGAAAACAAACAUUCUUCAAGGAUAGUAAAUGUCAUUAUAAAAUCACUGUUAUUCCAGAUUCAGAAAAUAGAGAAUACAGCAUUAAUCCUAUAGAUUCCAACUCUUUAUUAUGCCCUGAAGACAACAAGACAUUUUAUAAUGAUUCUGUAGUUGCAGGAAAGUUUGUCAAAAUGCAAGAAUUAAAGAGAAGAAAUUUAAACUGUGAGAGACAGUGGGAUAAAGCAUUUACCACUAAUGAAUUUGGUCAGAAUUUUAUUCAGAGAAAUUAUAAAUGUUUUAAAGAUGACAUAGUUGUAACAUUCAAGACACUCCCGAGAAAUGCUAUCACAUUAUAUGAACAAGACUUUCAUUUAAAUUCCAACUUCUGUAAAACGGAUUUGGAUAGUGAAAUUGUGAAGCAGAUUACAUUUUCUAGCUGCUUAGAUUCAUCAGAUUCCCAUACAUACAUAUUGGACUCUUCAAGUGAUUAUUACUAUUCUCAAUCUUCUAAGCAACAAGAUUUGAACAUGAAUCAACAUUUGAUUUCAGAUUUGAAAACAGAAACAGAUAAUGAUAAAAGCAUUUAUGGAUUAACUGCUAAUUCUUCCAAACAUAGUCACUUUAGGUCAAAGUUUCAAAGAAUAUCUUCUCCAGAUCCCAAAACUUCUAAUGGAUUGUUAAAUAAUUUUAAACAGUUAUUUGAUGAAAAUGAACUUAAAUCUCUAUCAGCAAUUAAAAAUGAAGGCACGGAUUUGGAUUUCUCUGAUUCACAGAAUGGAUUUGAAAGAACUAAUGAAACUCUGUUGAUAACACCAUAUUCUACUUCAAGCAGGCAUGAAAUGCCAAACAAAAUUUUUGAAACUGAAGAAAGAUCAAGAAUGAUUCUCUCAGAGUCAAACUAUUUGGUAAAGUGUCCUGUACCUUACUGUGAAGCAAUCUUUCAUCAAAUUAAGACACACAUGAGUAACUUCCAUUCAGAAUUACCCAAAUGGAAGCAGAAAUUCUAUUGUGAUAUAAGCAGUUAUAACAAAACUGAAAUGAAGUAUGGCUGCCGCAUAUGUUCCUUGUGUCAUUCAAUACAGUUCCAUAUGAAAUGGCAUCUUACUCAGGUCCACAAUAUCUCUGUCAAGUCUAACAUCUCUAAAUAUAUUACACAAACUUCUGAAAGUAUCAUUUUAACACCAGACAAAUUUUUCAUGGAGGCAGUAAUAAAUGCAUUUGAAUGUUCUCAGUUUCAAAAUGGAGGUGUUCAGUGCAAAACUGUAGUGAGUCAUUCUGGAUAUAUCCGAGACUUUCUGCUUACAUUAUCAAAAGAUGAAAAUUUUGGUAAAUUAUUUUUUGGGAAAGUUAUUGGAAGUAAUCUCUCUGCUCUGAUCAGUGUCCUCUGUGAACAGAAAGAAUUCGAUCAACAGAUACUCUCAGAACAACUACACAGUUUGCAGAAAUUUUUUAAAUUCCUUCAUUGUAAUUUAGAUAUGUUCUUACCAGUUGGAACCAGUUGGCUUCACCAAAUUUUUCCAUCUUGGUACAUUCUAGAGUUGACUGAGAGGGAAAUAUUCCUUGUGGCUUGUAAAAUUUGAUGGAACUAAGAGAUUAACAAAGGAUUUAUGAUGGAGAGGUGAGUAAUAUGUAAAUGAGUAAUAUGCUAUGGAUUUCUAGCUUUGGCACAAUGCUACACUUUUGGGAUGAGGGGUGCAGUUAAUUAAAUAAAUUGCUUCAGGUAUU